AGCGCUUCUCGCGCAUGUGCAGUGGGUACCUGGCUGUCACAGCCAGGUGCCCACAGUACCAGCUCCCCCUCCCUCCCUAAAGGUCUGCAGUCUCUGGUCAUACCCUAUACUGUCUGCAGUCUCUGGUCAUCUCCUGUACUGUCUGCAGUCUCUGAUCAUUGCCUGUACUAUGUCCGCAGUCUCUGGUCAUCUCCUGUACUGUGUCCACAGUCUCCGGUCAUCCCCUGUACUGUGUCUGCAGUCUCUGGUCAUCCCCUGUACUGUGUCCGCAGGCUCUGGUCAUCCCCUGUACCUUCGUCCGCA